UUGGUAGGGGUAAAAGUUCCCCGAUUUAGUUCUUGAUUUUUGAAGUCUCGGCAGGGUUGCGAUCCGUACAUCUCAAAUCGCGUUAUCGACAUCGAAUUGAUCCGUGAUUAUUCAACCGACAAGAAAGAUGCAGUUCUUUGGGGGGUCAGAGAUCAGUCCGUCGCCGCCGGCGCCGACACAAUCGGGGAACAAUGCUCACAUGAUGUAUAUAUUCAACCGGAACGGUGUUUGCUUGCUCUAUAGGGAGUGGAACCGCCCUCUCCACACUCUUGAUCCGCAGCAGGACCAUAAACUCAUGUUUGGUCUGCUCUUCUCUCUCAAAUCUUUGACUGCUAAGAUGGAUCCUACCAGUCCGGGAAAAGGAAACCUUGGCGUUCCUCAGUUACCUGGCCAAGGUUGUUCAUUUCACAGUUUUCGUACAAACACAUACAAACUUAGUUUCAUGGAAAGUCCUUCUGGGAUAAAGAUUAUCUUACUCACUCAUCCUAAAACUGGCGAUUUACGGGAGUCAUUGAAGUACAUUUAUAACUUGUAUGUUGAAUAUGUUGUCAAGAACCCGCUCUAUGCCCCUGGAACUCCAAUCCGGUGUGAGUUGUUCACUACAAAUCUUGACCAAUACGUGAGGAGCAUUGCAUAGUAAAUCAUGGUGAGGUUCGGUGAAUGUUAUCUGCUUAUCCUUUUAUCAAUGCUAAGCUAAGCGAGAGACGCGGAGAUGAUGAGAAGACUUGUUUCGGAAGCAGGUUAGGGGAACCAUCUAUUUUGUGUUAAUGUCUUGCAUAGAGCUAUGUGCAUGCAACUAUGCUUCUAGUCUUAAGUUGAUCAUCGCCACCGGCCGAGCUCUCUAUUCUGUGUUUGUACUAUCAGCAUAGAGAAUUUGGAAUUUAUAGCUUUUAUAUGUUCUCAAACUCAAUUGUUUUAUCAUUUUAUGUUCUCUGAAGUUCCAGUGCUUGGUGAUGGUCAUACAAUAUGUUAUUUGCCUGGUUCAAUCA